AAUGUGUGGAAUUCAUUUCCUGUUCUGCAGCUCAGAGUCAAAGUGGACGAGGAGUUGGAGUCAUGGCCGAGUGUGAACACUGUGAUCUGAGCACCAUGAAGGAGCGCUGACUCCUCUGUGCUCCUGCUGGAUUAUUGUCUCCAGGACCUCCACCCUGAGGAGGACGGAGCGGGACGCAGGGAGGGGGGGUCCACCAUGGCCGAGCCCCUGCUGAAGAGAACCUUCUCCAGGCUGAGAGGCAAAGACAGAUCCAGGAGGAAGACGGACCCCAAAGAGAGCGAUGUCGCAGUUAAGGUCAACUCUGUCCUCCAGACGUCUUCAUCAUCACCAUCGAUGACGACAAAUCCAGACCCUGACCCCCCCUCGCCACCGCACAACCACAUCACAGUUGCUAAGAAACAGUCAUGGGCACGACAGGGCUAUGCGGCUCCACCCACCUCCUUGCCCUCAAGCUCCACCCCCAGAUACUUAGGAAUAUCCCAGGAUGCAUCUGGGCAGGCCUGGAGUCAGAGGCUGGCACAAGAAAAGACGGAGCAGUGCGGCGACAGGUUGUGCGUCAGUCUCUCCUGGGAUGCGACCAGCACCUCCUGUGUUCCUGUCAGUUCUCCCUCAGUCCUGCAGGAAGUCCCCCAGCCAGCAGGGGCCUCCUCUGAAGCUCCACCCACCUCCGUCAGCACCAAGCUGUCAGGCCAGCGUGCGUAUCUGCAGAGCCUGGAUCGCAGCAGCAGAGCCUGGGUGCUGUCCUCAGGAAAGACCCAGGCUUCAGACGAGGCCUGCGGCCUGCAACCAGAGAGCAGCAGCAACAUCUGGUACAACCCGAUCCCCGAGGAGGAGGAUGCAGGUGCUCCGCCCAGGGAGGAGGAGAUCUGGAGGAGAAGGGACGACAGGGAGGAGGGAGGAGCAGUAAGGAGGACGGGGCCAGGAGACGCCAGAGUAGAAUGUCCACUGGAGGGCACCAAUCCCAGUGUUAGCCACCAUACUGAUGACAUCACAACAGAAUCUAUAGACCCUGCCCCCUCAGACUCUAGCCCCGCCUCCCAAAAGAAAGGGGGCGUAUCCGGUAGUGUGAUUGACAGGCUGCGGUCUCCAGGUACGGUUAGGAAACUCUCCCUGAAGAUGAAGAAACUUCCCGAGCUGCGCCGUAAACUCAGCCUUCGCUCCUCCUCCCGGGCCAAUCGUCAAGGAAACGACGGCAGAGGGGUCGGUGACGAGUCGACCAGCAAGAGUGCAGCAUCAUCGUCAUCGGCCUUGUCCAACCAGAACGUGAUCAGCAGGUAUCACCUGGAUAGCUCCGCCCCUCCAGCCAGACCACGGAGACGAUCAUCGAGAGGACAAUCGGCCAAAGGAGGUUACCUUAGUGAUGGGGACUCCCCUGAACUGCUGCCGCGGCAACAGGCUCCUCCCAUCACCACUUCCCAGGAAACAGCGUGUGACGUCAGUUCAUUCCAACUGUACGUGGGCUGCGAUCCACCACGCUGCAGCCAGCGGGUGACGGGUUUACUGACAGUUCACCUGAUGGGCCUGGAGGAGAUGAAGAGCAGCAGGUCAGAGGGAAGUAAGGAAGUCUUUGUGGCCAUCCAGAUUGAUGGGGUGACAAGAGCGAGGACUGCCCUCCUGACCCUGCGAGGCUCCGCCCUACCGUUGAACCACGCCUUCAACCUGGAGCUGGAGCGAGCGCGGCAGCUUCGCAUAGUAGUGUUAACGCCAGCAGUGGGAGUAGCUAAAUCAGGGACGGAUCAGACGUCAAGUGGUCCAACCAGAAACAGAGUCUGUGGACUGGGAGGCGUGUCCAUCCCCCCACUCUUUAAAGGAAGUCGCAGUCAGCAGCUUUGUGUGAAGUUGGAGCCCCGAGGACUUCUUUAUGUCAAACUGUCCCUGCAGGAGAAAUGGGACACUCAGCCCAGCAGUGACUCUUCAGUACCUGCCAAUGUGUUUGGGGUUGAACUGCACCACCUGGUGGAGAAAGAAGGAUGUGCCGCUCCGAUCCCUCUGCUGAUCCAGAAGUCUGUGGCAGAGAUCGAACGCAGAGGACUGAAGGUGGUGGGUCUGUACAGACUGUGUGGUUCUGCAGCGGUGAAGAAGGAACUCAGGGAUUGGUUUGAGAGGAACAGUUCAGCUGUGAGUCUCAGUGAGGAGCUGUACCCUGACAUCAAUGUCAUCACAGGUAUUCUGAAGGACUACCUGCGGGAGCUGCCGUCUCCGCUCAUCACCAGGACGCUAUACCAGGUGGUCAGAGAAGCCAUGACCCUACGACCCCCACCAGCUCCACCUGUGACCCCCGACCCCCAAUUGGCCCAGGACACUGUGGAGCUGCUGUCCUGUCUGCCGCCUCCAGAGAGGGCCACCCUGUCUCUCUUGUUGGACCACCUCAGCCUGGUGGCGUCCCUCAGCUCGUCCAACAGGAUGACGCACCAGAACCUCGCUGUCUGCUUUGGCCCGGUGCUCCUCACGCCAACCCAGGAGGCGUGGAGCGGGGGAGGAGGAGGAGGAGGGAGAGGAGGAAGAGGAGGGGGGAAGGGGCUGGGUCAUGGCGAGGAGAUAGCGAGUGCGGUUGAUUUCAAACGACACAUUGAGGCGUUGCACUACCUGCUGCAGCUGUGGCCAGUGCCGACUCAGCGAAUCCCAGCAGAUGACCACCUGGACGUCUCCAAGCCUCCCUCCCCCGCCCUCACACACGCCUCCCUGAGCCAGCAGCAGCGGCAUCCUGUGCUGCGAUUGGCUCUGCCCUCCGAAGAGGAGGUGGUGGUGUCACGUCGGGGUCGAGGAGGCCUGGCCCGGCUGGAGAGUCCUCCUCCCAUCAACCGGUACGCAGGAGACUGGAGCGUCUGUGGACGAGAUCUUCUCUCCGCACAGGAAGCUGAUUAUGACGAGGUGGCAGGAAGUGACAGUGAUGGAGGCAGCGGGGAUGAAGAGGAGGAAGAGGAGAAGAAGGAGGCAUGGUCCUCAGAAGGAGGAGGAGCUCUGUACGUGGACGACUUCAUGGACUUUGACGCUCCGUUUAACUGUCGACUCAGCCUGAAGGACUUCGACACUCUGAUCCAUGACCUGGACCGAGAGCUGGCCAAACAGAUCAACAUCUGUCUGUAGACCAGGAGAACCAGGAGGAGAACCAGGAGGAGGACCAGGAGGAGGAGGAGGUGGAGGAAGAUUGUGACAUCAUUCUGCCAUGUUUGAUGAAGUUGUGUCUCGGUGUAAAACAUUUACUUUAUUGUCUGAACUUGAAUUUUGUGAAUCCGAAUUUAAUUUGGCUUCAAAAACGUUCCAAACUUUCCUCUGAAAUUCAGACAGCUUUAAUAAUGAAAGGUUCUCAACAGAACCAAGAACGAUCAGACAUGUAGAACAGGAUUAUUUACUGUGAUGGUGAGAUCAGCUGUUAGUUUGACCUCUGACCUCCUCAGUUCCCUCUGAUCUCUGCAGAACAUCAAAGACAGUCCUCAGAGAGGUGAUGAGUCCAGCUCACAGUGGAACAGAAGGAAUGUGGUUCUCAUAGUUCUUGUAGCAUCUCUGGAUGUUUCCAGAAGUUUUAGAGCUGACACGUCAGAAUCAAGCAGAUUAAUUUAUUUCUGUGAUCCAAAGGUGAACGCAGCAUCAGUGUUAGUAUGAAGGAGGAGGGUUCUCUGAGGUGUCACUGUUGAGGCACUACAGGAACCACAACUUUGAAACUACAGGUUCCAAAGAUGGAACCAGCAGUGAGAGAACCACACUGUUGGUUCCACCCUCAUGUCAGUAUUAUUAUUAUUAUUAUUGAUGUUCUAAUGAUGAAGAAGUUUCCUAAAGUUCUUCUCACAGUGACACCAUCAGAGCAUGUGAACUGAACUGUUGUUCUUCUGGGUAUCAGGGUAGCAUCCUGUCGGAACAUGUUGGAACAUGUCAGAACAUGUUGGGGCUGUUUGCACUGUUGAAGCCAUAAUUUUUUUCAAUUGUUGAAACUUUAAAUUUGAAGUGAACAAACUGUAGAACUCAUCGCUCUGCUGCCUCUGACGCCCCCUGCUGGUGUAUGUAGGUGUCUGUGGGUUUUUGUCACCGGCUGCAGGUGGAGCAGCAGAGCGCUGUGAGCUGCAGCUGCUCGUCAGUGUUUCCACGGUACAGAGUUUCUGAGUGUGAUGAGUUUGUGAAGCCACAGAAGGAAUACGAUGCCAUACUCAGUGUUAUCAAUGAUGUUGUUGUUGUUUGAAUCUGUUUCUCGUUUGUUGUUGUUGUUGUUUUGUUGACAGUAUUAUUUUGUUUUGCACAACGAUAAUAAGCACUUCCUGUUUUUUAUUGAUGAUGACGAUGUUUCUCUGCAGAUGAUGUAACCAAAGUGUUGAAGCACAGUUCCUGUUGGAACAGACCACAGCAGCCUUUCUGUACUUCCUAUUAACCUGACCAACUAUUAAACAUAU